UGGUGCCCCGUGGGCUGCGCCGCCCUUCCGCCCCGCGGCGUCCUCGGCCUCUGGCGUCCGCGGCGCCGCCCCUCCGUGACCGCCGGCCGGGCCGGGCCGCGCCGCCCGCGGGCCCCGCCCGCCUCUCCCCGCCACCCGUCCUCGGCUCGGCGGCGGGCCGCCGCCAUGCGGCCGGCUCCCGGGCCCUCGGCGCUGGCGCUGGCCGCGAUGCUGCUGCUGAGCGCCGCGGCGGCCGGCGCGGGCCAGGCCGAGGAGCUGCACUACCCGCAGGGCGAGCACCGCGCCGACUACGACCGCGAGGCGCUGCUGGGCGUCCAGGAAGACGUCGAUGAGUACGUCAAACUCGGCCCCGAAGAGCAGCAGAAAAGACUGCAGGCCAUCAUAAGGAAAAUUGACUCGGACUCGGAUGGCUUUCUCACCGAAGGUGAACUCAGCCAGUGGAUUCAGAUGUCUUUCAAGCACUAUGCCAUGCAGGAAGCCAAACAGCAGUUUGUGGAAUACGAUAAAAACCGCGACGGGACUGUGACCUGGGACGAGUACAACAUUCAGAUGUACGACCGAGUGAUUGACUUCGACGACAACAUGGCCCUGGACGACGCGGAGGAGGAGUCCUUUAGACAGCUUCAUUUAAAGGACAAGAAGCGGUUUGAAAAAGCUAACCAGGAUUCCAGCCCUGGUUUGAGCCUUGAAGAAUUCAUUGCUUUUGAGCAUCCCGAAGAAGUUGACUACAUGACGGAGUUCGUCAUUCAGGAAGCUUUAGAAGAACACGAUAAAAACGGUGAUGGAUUCGUCAGUUUAGAAGAAUUUCUUGGUGAUUACAGACGGGAUCCAACUGCAACUGACGAUCCUGAGUGGAUACUUGUUGAGAAGGACAGAUUUGUGAACGACUAUGACAAAGACAGUGACGGCAGGCUUGACCCCCAGGAGCUGUUGUCCUGGGUGGUCCCCAAUAACCAGGGGAUUGCCCAAGAGGAGGCCGCCCACCUGAUUGACGAGAUGGACUUGAACGGGGACAAGAAGCUGUCGGCAGAGGAGGUUCUGGAAAGCCAGGACUUGUUUCUCACCAGCGAGGCCACGGACUACGGGCGGCAGCUGCAGGACGACUACUUCUACCACGACGAGCUCUGAGCGCCGCCCGGCCGGCGCCUCCCGCCACGCCCACCAGCGCUGCCCGUGUGACCGCACACUGGCGGACCUCACACUCAGUCCAGCUCCAGCCAACAGGGUCUCCCCCGAGACUGCCACGGUGGCCCCCGGAAGAAGAACGCGGACACCUGGUGUGUGUGUGUGCGUGUGUGUGUGCGUGCGCACGUGUGCGAGUGUGCGUGAAGCUCGGCCUGGAGCCGCGUGGCCCCGCAGUCUUUCCUCACCGCCAUCCGUUUAGCUCUGCCUUGUGGGACGUUUGAGUUCUUUGUCUGUACUUGAAACAGUGGGAGGGUUUUAGAUGUGCUUGAACAGUAUCAUUCUUAUUUUAGUAGUUUGUGACGCAGCUCUCCGGGUUCGCUGGGAACUAAGCAGAUCUGAUUGGAACUGACAGGAAGGCCAGCGUGUUUAGAUUUAGCGUUUUGUUUUAAAAACCUUUAAAGGAACCUUCAAAAAACAUAAACCACACGUUCAUGUUGCAUUUGACUUAAUUUUAAAAAUGGUUUCUCUAAAGGGUUCUGUCGUAUGAAAUAGAAGUUUAUAUUUUUGCAUAUGUAUAGAUAGUAAUUAUAUUUAAUGUAUAACUCUAGCAUUGUGGUGAGUGGCAUUUGACCUUGUCUGGAGCCCUUUUCGUUUCUGGCUGAUUAAAGAUGAGCUCUCUUUUGUA